CGUGGCCGCGGACAGAGGGGCCGAGGCCGUGGGUAUGGAGGUCAGUUUCAGCAAAAUCAGUACGGUCAGUACCCUCCUCCCUUCGGGCAUAAUUUUCAGCCUCCAGUGCACGCCCCCGUUCAUGGUCAACAGCCCUAUGGUCAGCCACAAUAUGCUCCUCCACGUGGACCGGUUCAGUCUGGAAAUUCAGGUUUUCCAUCUGUGGACAAUAGUUUUUCCCAUGCUCCACAUCCAGUUGUUUGCCAAAUUUGUUUCUCGCCAGGUCACUCUGCUCUGAAUUGUUCUCGCUUCACUGGUCAGUCCACGCCUGCUCUUGCUGCUAUUCCCUCGGGUGAGACGAAUGCUGCUCUGUGGUAUCCUGACUCAGGUGCCAGUGCUCACAUGACUCCUCAUGAAGGACAAUCGGACGGGGGUGCAUCUUCUUCAGGCUUCCAAUAAAGACCAUCUUUACCCGUUUCAUGCUCUUCAGACUACUCUUCUCCCUGGACCGACCUGGCACAAACGAUUGGGGCAUUGUGGUGAUAGAGUUUUAAAUACGCUUCGGCAAAAACAUUUUAUUUCUGCUUCUAGUAAUUUUUCUCAUGAUUGUGUGUCUUGUAAGUUGGGUAAAUCCCACAGACUACCUUUUCAGGAUGUGAUUCAUUCUUGUACUGCUCCGUUAGAGCUUAU